AUUAAAUGAGAUAAAAAAUCGUAAAUUAAGUAAAAAUGCAAUCAGAAGUUUUUGAAACAGAUAAAAGUUUAAUAAAUAAUAGCAAUGUGGUACAGGAUAAAGAUGCUGGAUUGUUGGCACAGCCUGAGAAUGUCGUUCCGAAAGAAAACUUGAUAGAGAACGAUGAGGAUUUAGAAAAUAAUUUUAGUGAUUCUGAUGAUGGUGAUCAGUAUCUUAAUUCCUUUAGUUCGCCAUCAAAUUCAGGCGAUGACGAGCUACGAUGGUAUGCAUAUCGAGGACGACUUGGCAUAAACUUUAUGGAACAAAAUGAUGCUCCAAAUAGUCAAUUAAUUUAUCCACUACAAAAUGAAAAUCAUCAAGCAAAUAAUCACAAUAUUCAACAGAAUCAGCAAGAAGAAGAAGAAACAGAUUUUCUAGAGAUGGAUUUUGAGCCAGACACGAAUUCUGAGAUAGAAAAUGACAAUGAAGGAAGAUUCAAUUUAAAUUAUGAUUUAAGGAAUGGCCAUAAUAAUGUACCAGAAAAUCAACAGCAACUUCCAUCACAAAACCAUCUUAAUUUUAAUAUAAAUCAGUCAUUAAAUGAAGAGCUCGUAAAUCAUAAUAGUAGUGUUCGAAAUACAGGUGCAAAGCCAAAACAGUUUUCAUCUAAUUGUCGCAAUCUAAAAUCUCCCAAACAAAAUCCACAGCUUGCAUCCGAUGGAGAUAAUACGUUUAAAAUUACAGGACAUUUAUAUCCAUACCCAGAAUCAUCAUCAUCAUCAAAGCCACAGCAGCAUUUAAAUGAUGACGAUUCUUAUAAUAUUGGUGCCUCUUGUUCACGACAUUCUCUAAAUAGUGAACGAUCCUUUCAUCGACAUAAUAAUUUUGAGAGUAACUACAUAAAACCCCACAAAUCUCCAUCUAAAUCAUCCAGUCAUAAUCAUAAGCAACAAAGACUUCAUGAGGAACAGAAUGAUCAGUUUCUUUUCGAAAUUGAGCCUAUUAAACCCAGAAAUUCUGUAACAAUCUACACUUCAAAUUGUGAUGAGAAGAUUCUAAUGGAUGCACUGACAUCCCUAAAGCUAAAACCUGAUCGCGAAGUAAUUUUGAAUUAUUUCAACAAAUCAAAAAUGGUUCCGCAACUUGGACUGAUCGACUAUAUAAUUUAUAGGUCGAAAAAGAACUGCAAUUACCUGAAAAUAAUAGAAUUAAUUGAAAAUUCUUGUGUUAAUGAUUAUCAUGACGAGUAUGGCACAAAGAAAUUUGAUAUUAACUUCUAUCCCCUUGAUUUCUUCUCGACGACACCUGAAAUGAUUGACAUAGAAGUAAGUGAAAUAGUCAAGCGAUGGAAUCCACAAACAGAUUUAUCACCGUUGGUUAAUAUCAAGAAUAAGUACUUUAUUCAAACUAAUGUACUUGGAAAGCUCGUUUACAUUAUUCGGAGGUUGAAUAACAACCAGAAACCUCCGUCAAUAAUAUUUCGUGAGGAUGAGACAAUAAAAAUUCCUCAAUUUUAUGUUUCUGGAUAUAUAACCAUAACAACCAGACAUCCAACUUAGAAAUUUGGAUUGACAUGAUUGAUACUUUUAUACCGUAAUCAUUU